GGUAGCAAUGAUUGUCAUUUAAUACACCAAAAAUAAUUUUAUCUUUUGUAUUAAUUUAACAACAAAAUAAUGUUUAAAUAACCGUAAUUAUUGUUAUAAAGGAUGUCCGAGCCAAGUACAAACGACUCCCAAAGUACUGAUUUAGCGAGUCCCGAUGAAGAAGACGACGAACCAAAACUAAAAUAUUUAAGAUUAUCGAACGAUUUGCAUAAAAUUUUAGAAAGCGAUGCUGUUAAAUGUAUUUCCGUUCACCCAAAGUUUAUUUGUGUAGGAACCGAUUGGGGGGCAAUCCACGUGUUGGACCACCAAGGGAAUGGGGUUAAAGAUAAAAAGUUGCAACCCCACACCGUCGGAGUUAACCAAAUCUCGAUCGAUUCUCGAGGUGAAUUCAUCGCUUCAUGUUCCGAUGAUGGAAAAGUUUCAAUUCACGGUUUAUACACGAAAGAGGAUGUCGUCAUUAAUUUAGGGAGAUUAAUUAAAACCGUCGGGUUGGAUCCGUUUUAUUAUAAAGGGGGGGUGAAUAAACGAUUUAUAACCGGUGAUGAGAAAUUAACUUUACACGAAAAGACUUUAUUUGGACGCUCAAAAUCCACGGUAUUAUCGUUUAGUGAGGGAUUAGUAUCAAGUUUGGCGUGGAGUGAUAAUUUUAUCGCUUGGAGUAGUGAUAUCGGAGUUCGAGUUUAUGAUAUGAGCGCUCGGUGCUCUUUGGGGCUAAUUAAAUGGGAGGAUCGCCCCGGAAUUUCCCCCUCUAAUUUUAAAUGUAACUUAAUUUGGUCGGACGGUCAUACUUUGUUGAUUGGAUGGGUUGAUAUGGUUCGGAUUUGCGUUAUUCGGAGGAGGAGUGUUAACGAAUUAGGGAAUAAAGAGUUGUCUGAGUUUUUAGUUGACCCAAUUUCAGCUUUUCGAACUGAUUUUUUUAUAAGUGGAAUCGCCCCGUUGAGUCACCAAUUAGUUUUGUUGGGGUUUCCCAAAGAAACUGAUAAAGAAGGGAGAUCGUUACACCCCGAAUUACAUAUAGCUCGUUAUAAAGAGAAUGAUUACGCUGAGAUUUACGCCGAUAGCUUAUCAUUGAGGGGGUACCAACAUUACAAAGUUAAUAAUUACCAUUUAGAUGUUUUAAUUGAAGAAAAUCGUUUUUUUAUUGUUGCCCCAAAAGAUGUUGUGGUUGCUAGUUUAUUCGAUGUUGAUGAUCGAAUACAAUGGUUAAUCGAGCAAAGUAAAUACAAAGAAGCACUCGAUGUGGUUUUGCAAUCAAAAAAGGGUGAGAUGAAAAAGUACACGAAAGAAAGCGUGGGAAUCGCUUAUUUAGACUUUUUGAUACAAAAAUAUAAAUUCGAUGAAGCCGGAGAGUUGUGUUUUCGGAUUUUUGGUGAUAAUAAAAAGUUGUGGGAGGAGGAGAUUUUUAAAUUCGCCCAAUCGCAUCAUUUGAGAUCGAUUAGUAGGUUUAUUCCGGUCUCGAAAGAGAACCGAUUGAGCCCUCAAAUCUACGAGAUGGUUUUAUACGAGUAUCUAGUCUUAGAUUCUAAAGGAUUUUUAAAUUUAAUUAAGUCUUGGGAUCACACGCUUUAUAAUAUACACGCGGUCAUCAGUGCUUUAUUAGGACAUAUUGUAAUAACAGAUCAAGAUAAAGUCGUUUAUUACGAAGCUUUGGCUAUUUUGUAUUCUUAUGAUAAACAAUACGAUAAAUGUUUAGCUACGUAUCUCAAGUUAAAGCACAAAGAUGUAUUCAGAUUUAUCCGGGAACGUAAACUUUACUAUAUCAUUUCCGAUUUAGUCGUCGAUUUGAUGAAUUUAGACCAUGAGGAGACAAUAAAUUUAUUAUUGGAGAAGGAGCAGGGGGUGGACCCUGAGAUAAUUGUUGAAAAAUUAAAAGACCACGAGCUACAUUUAUACAGGUAUUUAGAUUCGUACACGAAAAAGAACCCAACGGGGCAAUUCCACGGAUUAUUAGUACGAUUGUACGCGAUAUACGACCGGGAUAAAUUAUUACCGUUUUUACAACGCUCCGAUAGCUACCCAAUACAAAACGCGCUCAAUAUUUGUAGGAAUGCUAAGUUUUACCCCGAAAUGGUGCAUUUAUUAGAUCGGAUCGGAGACACCAAAGAAGCUUUAGGAUUAAUUAUGAACGAGUUAAAAGAUAUGCAAAAAGCAAUUUUGUUCUGCCAAGAACAUAAUGAUUCGGAUUUAUGGAACGAUUUAAUCGAAUACACGAUUAAAAAACCAGAAUGCAUCACAUUUUUGCUCAGAAAUAUUGGGAAUUACGUCGAUCCGACGAUUUUAAUCAAUAAAAUUGAGAAGGAUGCGAAAAUCCCCGAUGUUAAAAAUUCGUUGGUGAAAAUGCUUUGUGAUUAUAGCUUGCAGCUAGCGAUUAAAGAAGGAUGUAAAAAGAUUUUAUCAUCGGAUUAUUUUGAGUUGCACAAUAAAUUGGUGAUUCGUCAACAAAAAGGGAUUAAUAUUUGUGAUGAGAUGGUCUGCUCGGGAUGUCGAAAACAAAUUAUUUCUAAAGAUUGUAACCGUUCCAACGAUAUAAUUUUGUAUUAUUGUAGCCACUCCUUCCAUAAAACGUGUUUACCUCAAGAUCAAGAUGUGACGAGUUGCGCCGUUUGCCACCCAAUUAAAAGAAAAUAACGUUUUUUUUAACUCUCCUAAUUUUAUAAAAUUAAUUUAUAUCACACAA